AAAAAUGGAGAAAUUAUUUCUGAGCUUGAAGAAUAUUCUGAAUUCGACUGAUCCAGAGGCAAUGGAUGAUAUGACUGUUGAGGAAGAAUGCGUUAUUUUUUUUCUUAAAAAAUAUUUUGAGCUUCGUGGUUCAACAGUUCACCAUGUUCAUAAUAUACAAGUUACUGAUGGACCCAACUAUGGACCUGUUUCUACAAACGUGUCUUUAAGAUUUGAAGCUGUCUCCACCAACCCAGAUGGAGAGGACAAGGAGAUAAUGAGUGUGUUCCUGAAGAUGCCCCCGAUGCUCCCGAUGAGCCUGGAUAGAGUCUUUCAGACCGAACUCUGCUUUUAUUCAAGUUUGUUACCAGACAUGUUAGACUAUUUUCGGCAUCCUAUAAAGGGAGAAUAUUUACCCCCAUUGCCUUCAUCUGUUUUCAUACAUACGGAUCUAGAGGAUCAGGUAUAUACAGGGUGUCCCACAAAACGUGACAAUGUCAUAUUUACUUAGACACAAUGUAUCAGAGAUAACUGGGCACCGUUCCAAAAU